AUGGCUCCGUCCCAGGAGCAAGCGAAGCCCUUACUUUCAUCUUCACUGCCGAAUAUCCCCGUCGCGUCACCAACUAAGCCGGAAGCCGUCGCCAUUCCUGUGAAUCGCCGAGUUCUGCCAGAUUUUCUGCAGAGCGUCAAUCUCAGCCAUGUCAAGCUGGGAUAUCAUUAUCUCAUCACCCAUGGCCUUCCUUUGCUGCUCAUUCCGCUCUUCGCGUCCGUUGCUGUGGAGAUCUUUCGGAUGAAGCCCGACGAUCUGCUGGAGCUGUGGCAGCAUCUGCAGCUGAACCUGGUCAGCGUGGUUGUCUGCUUCGCCGCCAUUGUUUUCGGCGCGACGGCAUAUCUUCUCCUCCGACCACGUCCCGUCUACCUUAUGGACUUUGUCUGCUUCAAGCCUCCGGACCACCUCGCGCUCUCACUUUCGGGCGCUCUGGACCACGCGAAGAAGCUGCAGAAGUUCAACGAUAAGGCGCUUGAGUUUCAAAACCGGAUUUUGGAGAGGGCGGGACUUGGAGAUCGCACGUGCCUCCCGCCCAGCUUCAUUAACAUUCCUCCCAACCCGUCCCUGGACAUGGCGCGCAAGGAGGCGGAGAUGGUGAUCUUCGGCUCGCUUGACGAGCUCUUCACCAAGACGGGCAUCCGGCCCCGCGACGUGGGUAUCCUCAUCGUCAACUGCAGUGUCUUCUGCCCCACGCCGUCGCUGUCGGCCAUGAUCGUCAACAAGUACGAGAUGCGCAGCAACAUCCGGUCGUACAACCUCGGCGGCAUGGGGUGCAGCGCCGGUGUCAUCUCCAUUGAUCUCGCCCGCGACUUGCUGCAGGUGCACGGCGGCUCGUACGCCGUGGUCGUGUCCACGGAGAACAUGACUCAGAAUCUCUAUUUCGGCAACAAGAAAUCCAUGCUCAUUCCCAACUGCAUCUUCCGGAUCGGCGCAGCGGCCAUGCUCCUCACGAACAAGCGCAGCGAGCGCCGCCGGUCCAAGUACGAGCUGGUGCACUGCGUGCGCACGCACAUGGGCGCGGACGAGAAGUGCUACCGAUGCGUCUUCCAGGAGGAGGACGACGAGAACAUCGUCGGCGUGUCGCUGUCGCGCGAUCUCAUGGCCGUCGCAGGCGACGCGCUCAAGGCCAACAUCACGACGCUGGGCCCGCUGGUGCUGCCGCUGUCGGAGCAGCUGCUCUUCUUCAUGGUGCUGGUGGGGCGCAAGGUGUUCCGCAUGAAGAUCAAGCCCUACAUUCCCGACUUCAAGCUCGCCUUCGACCACUUCUGCAUCCACGCCGGCGGUCGCGCGGUACUGGACGAGCUGGAGAAGAACCUGCAGCUGUCGCAGUGGCACAUCGAGCCGUCGCGCAUGACGCUGUACCGCUUCGGCAACACCUCCUCCUCCUCCAUUUGGUACGAGCUCUCCUACGCCGAAGCCAAGGGCCGCGUCAGGCGCGGCGAUCGCGUGUGGCAGAUCGCGUUCGGCAGCGGGUUCAAGUGCAACAGCGCGGUGUGGCGCGCACUUCGCCGGAUCAAGCCGGAAGACAACUUGGGCCCGUGGGACGACUGCAUCCACGAGAUGCCCGCGCAACUAAACUUCGUCGACUGA